ACAGCAAUAACAUCACUCAAAGCUUCAAAAUACGGGAAUCAUUUUAAUUCGCGGCCGCCGUCGAAGAAAGACGCGUCUAGUUAACAGACAGUAGUUUAGUUUUAAAGUUUCCAAGUGACUGUGAAGAUGAUCAGCGCCGAGAGGGCCCUGCUCUCGCCACCCACCACGCCGCCCCUCAAAAAUAUGUCAGACGAUGAAUCCACGCAACAGUCGGCGAUCUUCCAACUCCGCACCUUUCUGGGCCAAAAGAGAUCCCUACCAUCCCCAAACAUACUCACUCCACAACCUUCAGACUCGGAAAGCGAAGAAUUGGAUUUCCCUUUGAAAAAGAGGCGUUACAGAAACGACAGCGAACUGGCACGUCAAUUAUUAAUAAACACGCCGCCUCCAGAACCGCAAAUCCACACUUUCGUACCACCCGCAACCCCAGUAAAACUUUUCGAGCCCAUUAGAAACAACCAACCACCAAGAAUCCAAAGGACUGUCUCAGUGAUCAUGAAAGCGAACCAGGACGGAUCCUGCACACCCCUGCCAAUUCCAGCACCACCCCCCGCGCCCCCAAAGGAAAUAAACAUCCUGAAGAGCCUUAAAUUCAAAAUGGGGAACCGCAAGGAGCAGGUGUACAACAGCGAGAAGGACAUUUCCAAGGAAGUGGCUAUCCCAGCGCCUUCGCCAAAACUUCCAAUCCCAGCUCUACCCGCGUUGGCGCCCAAGCUAAUCACGCCCAGUCACCCGCAGACCAUCUUCAUAUCCGCGGACGGCACCAUGCUGCCCACGCAGAUCGUUCUGCUCGCUCCUCCGCCGCCGAUGACCCAGGUGCGCAAAAGGGUGUACGAGUGCACCUACGAAGGUUGCGGGAAGAACUAUUUCAAAUCGUCGCAUCUGAAGGCCCACAACAGAACCCACACGGGCGAGAAACCCUUCAUCUGUCAGUGGCAGGACUGCGGGAGGCGGUUCUCCAGGUCCGACGAGUUGUCCAGGCACAAAAGGACUCACACCGGUGAAAAAAAGUUCAAGUGCGAGUUCUGUCAGAGGAGGUUCAUGAGGUCGGACCACCUGGCGAAGCACGUCAAGAGGCACGCCAAAGAUAGGGUUAACACCCCCAGGGUUAACCUGGUGCCGGUGUUGAGGCCCCUGCAACCCGCCGGUGUACCCGUUUCUCUCUGAUUUCGUUCAUGACUUAAAAAUGAGCUCAAUCUUAGAUAAGUCGUUGUAAAUAGAUAUUUUUUUAUUUUUAUAUAUGAAAGAGCGUUUUGUUGUUUUUUUUUGGUUUGUAUUUGGAUGAUUUUGUAUAUGUUUUGAGUUUUGUAUACUUUUAUCUUCCUUUGACUGCGUCAUUUUCGUUUCAUGUUGUAUAUAAAUACAUUCCAUUCUAUCGUAACGAUAUAGAAUUCUAUAUUUUUAUCUGUGAUUGUAAUAUUAUCUAUUUAUUGUUUGUUUAAGUAUUACUUAUUUGUAUGAAAGUUAAAAGACCUUUUUAUGAAUAUAUUUUGUAUUAAAUACUA